AUGGCUUCCCUGGUGCCUUGUCUCUUCGUCUUGGCUACCCUCUGUGCCGUUCUUGUAAUCAACGUUGAUGCUGUAGGUUACUGUAGCAUCUGGUCUUGACCACUGAGUCAAUGUUAUUUUAUCUAUUUUGACAUUACUUAUUUUUUCGCUGUUCACACAUUUCCUAACAUCUUCCACCUUUCAGUGUAUUGGCUCCGGAGUCUGUGGCGGAGGUGGUGGAUGUUACUCCCCUCCUCCAGUCUCCUGUGGUGGAGGAUGUUCUCCCGGCUACAGUUGUGGACAUUAUGGCUGUGCCCGUCGUCGUGCUCGUGCUCAUAGUUCCAACACUGUUAAUGUCGAUGAGAAACAACCUCUUCUUUUUGGUUCCCAUCGCUUCCAAAAGGCGCAGGCCAACCUCCCAAAGGUGAAUUAUCUUUAAAUCACCUUUAUUUGAAAUCGUCAUUCAUUUCUAAUCACUUGAUUUUUCUUAGGACCCCAACCAGAUGUUCUUUGAAUGUUGUGAAGACCGUGGACUCCCAGAUGCCUGUUUGAGCAAAUGCAAUUACAACAAGUACACCAAGGAGUCUGUAAGUUACUAUUUCAUACAUCUUUUACUUGUUACCUUUUCAGUUGAUGUCUAUGUACUUCAAAACCGACGCCUGUCCAAUCGAAGCCGCCGCCGAACUGCAAUUCUGCGCUGCCCGAGGCCGUGACCAUCGUGCGUGUUGUGUCCGCAAUGGAGUCCAGACAACUUUGGCGGGAGACAAGUGCUUGACCUUCUGUGAUCAGAGACCUGGCAACGUCACCCAGCUCGACUUCAGCUAUGCUUCUUGCUACGAUCGCUUCGAGCAGAUGAAGGGAUGUUUCUGGCAUUCGGCCUUGAGUGAGCAACAACAUUAA